CCUUCAUUUGCUCCUCUAACUCCCCCUAUUUGUACAACGUGGGUGUCAGGAAAAUAAAGUGAUUGUUACUUUAUGUCAUGUUUUAAGUUGGUAUAAGUGCGCGUAGGGAUUUUACCAUUCCGAUGUCCACCGUCUAUGGAAAUGCUGAGUUGCCGACAUGUGGAAUUACGGACACAGAGUUCUCAUUGCUGGGCUCCUGUAUCCCUGACUGGUUACGCACAGUGGUCGGAUAUUCAAACGUUGAAAUCGAAGAAGAAACACCAAAAUUUAUUCGUAUAUUUUAACGUGACCUUACUGACCACCCCUGAGGCAUGCACUUGCGACAAAAUGUCUCCUACCGUGUGCCUGCACAAAAAUGCUUCUGAAAGAGAACACUCCUAUCUGAACGUCAUCCACCCGUUCCCACUGCUCUCUAAUGGCACCAUAUCUGCGAAAAGAAGGUCCAGAUUUACACGUCGCCUUGAAUUAAUUGUUACUUGCACUGUCCUUUGAGAAUGCACAGGGUGAAGUUAUACCACACCGUGGCUCACGUUUCGGACCAUUUUCACCAUCAUAGGAUUAUUGCUAGAAGCGGGUUUUCGUUCUGCAAAAAGCAGUGCGACGGGAUUUUUUCCGGAAAACUCGCCAUCGGAGCCGUAAAAGCAUUUAAGCAUCACCUGAUGCCAUCCGGUGCAUAGUGUAUUCCAUCGCCCAUCCAAAAUAUGUGUGUGUGUCUAUGUCCCGUGGUGCUGACCUCCUUCCAUUUCAAUCCACGGCAUCAUGUUUGUUGUGUUAUGUCAAAAUCGUUUACUUCAUCGUUUUAUGAAUCGAACCACAGAAGUCGUUCGGACAGAAAACAUUGUGGCUUUUUGUCCUCGAACGUAGGAGGACGACCAUGUAAAGAUGUUCAAGCCCUCUCUCUAUCUUAACUGGCGCAGCGAUAAAAAACACUACCGUAAAUGCUCGCCGAGAGUCGCUGGGGCUCGCAUUAUUCGAUGUGAUAGCCAUUCUACCCAUGACGUGUCAUCAGGGUUUUAACACUUGUAGGAAUCAUCAAGGCUGGGCGCCAAGGUUGCACUGUUGGAUUAUGUCAACCCCACCCCGAAGGGUACCGUCUGGGGCCUUGGUGGCACAUGCGUCAAUGUCGGUUGCAUUCCUAAGAAGCUGAUGCACCAAGCAGCCCUCCUCCGUACGUUUUUCGCCUUGCGAGAAUCUUUAUUGGAAAUUAUCCUACUUUGUUGUUUUGUCUGCUUCUUAUCAUCAUCUGAUCUUGGGUUAAUCUUUUUGUACAAGUUUUUUCCGUAAAUAACCUCAUCCUAAGUGAUCACCUGUAAAAUUUGUCGUUGGUCUGUAAUUCGCCCAUGCUAUGCCUCUACUGCCCCGUUUUUGUCUGGUCUCGUGGAGUAGGCAUCUGCGCAUUUAAACUGACCGUCCCCCAUCACACUUACUUGAUCAAAAUCGUACUCGUACCUCACCUCAGCAUUGUUAAAUUUCGUCGCCUUAUGUUCAGUUAAGCUCCUGAGUCAGAUUCAUCUCUACCGAACAACAGAGCGCUUGAUCAGGAUGCUAACGUUUAUAAUGUAGUUUAGGGGACCAUCCCAUGGAUAAUAAAUUUUAGUGAGUUUGACUUAAUGAUGUACGGGUAAGUCAUGUCCCGAGGAACAAACCUCAGAAAUGUUUUUAACCAGUCUUCGAAAGUCGACUCGCAAAAUGUGCUCGCCAUAUGCGUAGCUUUCCAUGUGCAUGUUUCAUCUACUUGGAGAUAAUUUGCCUGUCGCGUGCACCGAAAACUACCAUUGUCACGAAAUCUCAACGACUAAUUUCUCAGGAGCUGCGAAACGCCGAUCUUACUCUUUUCCCGCACCCGCCCCAUCUCAUUCACUUAAAGACAUCAGUGGAAACGGUCGCACUGACCGUUGUGUUUUGCUGACCAACGUUCAUCAAAUCUUUCACUAAUCCUUCUCUACUGCUUUUUGCAGUGGCUUCAGAAGAUAUGUCAAAUUUAGGUCAAAAUACCAUUAUUAUUACUUUUGACUGUAUACCGGUCGUUUAUCCUGAAAACAUACGUUUUGUAGUCGUCCAAUGGUGUUGCCUACCUAGAGUCCUUAGUCUACUCCAAAACACUCCACACGAUACUAGUGCUUUGUGUGAGGCACUUGUUUGGGUUGGAAUAGUUUGUAUACCCUCCCCCAUCCAACAGGACACGGCAGUAGAAACGCCCCGCCCUCCACGUAAUGCAGGUUGACUUACGCUAACUCCCAGAGGGGGUAAACAUUUUCAUGUUCUACCCCUAACACUAGCCUUCGCCUUGACCGUAACCCAAAUCCUAACCCUACCUAUAAUCCUAACCUCACCUUAGCUCCAUACAUAAUCCCAACGCUAACCUUUAUCUUAACCCUAAUUUCCGGCCACCUGUAUUACGACGCGUAUCUGUUCCUGUGUUUCACCGUUAUGCAAUUUUGAUUCAAAAUCACCAAGAGGGGUUUCGACAGAGAGACAGAUAGCAAGGUGAAUCUGCACAAUCUUAAAUCGAUUAGGACGAAUUUGUAAACUUUCUCACUCCCAUUUUCUGUUGUGAUUUGACGUUGUCGCUUCCUUCAGAUCACUCCCUUCAGGAUGCCAAGUCAUUCGGCUGGAAUGUCCCUGACAACUGUAAGUCCUAA